GUCACCGUGAGUCCUCCUUCAGACAGCAAGGAUCAGAUUCACGUCAACGCCAGCCUUAGUCCCGAACUGUCAGUGGAGGUGGUGAUGGCGUCUGUGGCGGGCUGCUCCGCACAUCAACUAGCGGCUAAGUACCGCAUCAAGGGCUGUCAAGUCGUGGCGCAACUCACUCCCCACACACUCGCGAGCAAGCACAAGCCCAUGCAGACGCACACACACGCACGCACGCACACGCACGCGUCUAUAGGACACACCCCCGGGGUCUUCCAGACGUACAUGGGCAAGUACACUACAGCCACUACAGCCACGGACGGGCACCCUUCGGCCUCCUAUGCUCAUACAGGUGUAGCACAUGCACACGCGCCGGUGGUCGUGCGUGUGCGCGAGUCGUUUAAGCUGGGCUACACCAGCGGCACUUUUGUCAUAUCGCUGCAGCAGCUGGUCGCUGAGUUUCCGGCGGGAUUGGAACGGGUGGAUGCGCUCAUCUCCGUGCUGCUAGUGGAUGACGAGGAUGUGCUGUGGCACACGGGACCUAUUAUAAGGAAAAAACUAGUUCUUUCGAAGGGACACUAAGCCCAGUAUAAGGAAGAAACUAGUUCUUUCGAGUGGACACUAAACCCAGUAUAAGAAAAAAUGCCAUUUAUCUCAAGUGGACACUGACCCCAGUAUAAGGAAAAGCCAUUUAUCUCGAGUGAACAGACAGUAAGCCCGGUAAAAGGAAGAAACUAGAUCUCUCGAGUGUACCCUGACGCUGCCACGGAC